CCCCCAAACGGGUUGGCAUAUAAAAGGCAAACCCUAGCCCAGCCCAGCCGCCCUUCUCUCUCCAUUUUAUCUCCUUCUCCGGCCAACUGCGGGCCAGAUUGUGAAACCGACCUUGAUCUCCCCAACUGCGGUUUCGAAGUCUACAUCCGGCGAGUCCCAGACACCGAGGACAGCCCAUCGGAGUAGUUUGAUCUCGAGGAUAAAGCAAGGUCACAGAGGGUUCGGCAAAGAGGGAAAACAAAACCUCUUUGCUGCGCCGUAUGCAGAGAGAGAGAGAGAGAGAGAGAGAGAGAGAGAGAGAGACUUCCGGGGAGGUCUAAUCCGACCAUAGUUGUGGAACAUGGCGGAGGAGGAACCGAAGCCCCUCAAUUAUAUACCCGAGGUGAUAUUGAAGAAAAGGAGAAACAAUGAAGAGUGGGCAAUUAGAAGGAAGCAGCAGUUGGAGCAGAGGAUUAGGAGAAGCAAAGGGGAUAAUUUUGUCAUCAAGAAGCCUGAGCAAUUCAUCAGAGAGUACCGAGAUAGGGAAUUGGACCUGAUCCAGAUGAAACACAGGUCUAAGCGGAAAAAACAGGCACUUUUGACACCUGAGUCCAAGUUGCUUUUCAUAAUUCGCAUUGGAGGAAAAACUGACAUGCACAUGAAGACAAGAACGAUUUUAUACUCUCUUGGACUGAGGAAAAUCUUCCAUGGUGUUUUUGUCAAGGCAAAUGAAAGGAUGAUGGGAAUUCUACAAAGAGUAGAGCCUUACAUUACAUAUGGAUACCCAAAUCUCAAGAACGUGAAGGAUCUGAUUUACAAGAAAGGCUUGGCAAAAAUUAAAAGGCAGAUUGUUCCCCUGACUGACAACAACAUCAUUGAACAGACUCUUGGGAAGUAUGGCAUCCUAUGCAUAGAAGACAUUGUAAAUGAGAUUGCUACAGUAGGUCCACAUUUUAAAGAGGUCACUAGCUUCCUGUGCCCCUUUAAACUCAACAAGCCUGAGAAAGCAUUGCAUGGAAAGAAAAAGCCUUACAAAGAUGGGGGAGAUGCUGGGAAUCGGGACGACCAAAUCAACGAACUAAUUAGUAAGAUGAAUUAGCAGUAACAUCAGGUGUUGCUUAAGAUAUCUUAUUACAAAUUGUUGGUAGUUUGUGUUCUUGAGAUUGAAUCUCAGACGAUGCCCAAUGUUGUUGUGAGUCUCAGUUUUGACAUAACCAUAAUUUUACAUCGAUGACAUCUACUAAAACUUUGAUCAUUUGUGAGGAAAGUAAGGUAUUAAUUAUUAGAACGACUUUGCUAA